AUUUCCCUUGUUCUGUUUAUUUUCUGUGGUUGCCUGAAUUCUUCGGUCUUCUCCCUUCCUUUUGGUGUUUCUCCCGUGGUGCUAUGAUGCUUGGGCGAUGAAUUAUCGAUCGAUUUGUCAGUUCCUUCUUUUCGGAAGCGGAGUGGGAAUUGGAACUCCCGUUCGGUUUUUCGUGAAGUCCGUUUACGAUCUGAAAUUAUCAUGGUCAUUACGCGUUCUGACGAUGAAUCAAACCAUGAUCAGUUCUACUGUUCUUACAUAUUAUGUAAUCCCUUAGCUAGGAAACUAUAGUAUGGUUAAAAAUAUUCAAAUGUCUUUUAGAAAUUUCUGUAUCAUUAUCUUUUUG